CCAAGGAAGCCGGAAGCGGCCGCUGUCCGCAGCACAGACUAGGGGCGGAGAGGUGGAGGUCUGCGCCUUGGGGUUCGUGAACCCCGCGAUGGACCCGGACCGGACAGUCGCGCGGCGGAGGUCAUCGUUGCUGCUGCUGCGGCUGCUAUUGGUGGCGCUGCUGUGGUCGGGGCUGGCUCUGGGCACCUUCUCCUUGGGCAGCAGUUCCCACCGGGUCCUCCACGACCUCCUGUCGGAGGAGCAGUUGCUGAAGGUGGAGGACUUGUCCCUGGCUUUACUGCAGGGCGGAAGGAUGGGGCCACUGUCACUACCCCCAGACUUGCCGGAUUUGGAUCCCGAGUGCCGGGAGCUGCUGCUGGACUUCGCCAACAGCAGCGCAGAGCUGACCGGGUGUCUAGUGCGCGGCGCCCGGCCGGUGCGCCUCUGUCAGACCUGCUAUCCCCUCUUCCAACAGGUCGCCAGCAAGAUGGACAACAUCAGCCGAGCCGUGGGGAAUUCCUCAGAGAGUCAUAAUUGUGCCAGAAGUCUCUUAAUGGCAGAUAGAAUGCAAAUAGUUGUGAUUCUGUCUGAGUUUUUCAAUUCCACAUGGCAGAAGGCAAAUUGUGCAAAUUGUUUAACGAACAAAAGUGAAGAAUUAUCAAAUAGCACAGUAUACUUCCUGAAUCUGUUUAAUCACACCUUGACCUGCUUUGAGAAUAACCUUCAGGGGAGCGCACACAGUCUUCUUCAGUUAAGAAAUUAUUCGGAAGUAUGCAAAAACUGUCGUGAAGCAUACAAAACUCUGAGUAGUCUGUACUGUGAAAUGCAAAAAAUGAAUGAACUUGAAAGUAAGGCUGAAUCUGGAACACACUUAUGCAUUGACGUGGAAGAUGCAAUGAAUAUUACUCGAAAACUUUGGAGUCGAACUUUCAACUGUUCAGUCCCUUGCAGUGACACAGUGCCUGUAAUUGCUGUUGCUGUGUUCAUUCUCUUUCUACCUGUUGUCUUCUACCUUAGUAGUUUUCUUCACUCAGAGCAAAAGAAACGCAAACUCAUUCUACCCAAACGUCUCAAGUCCAGUACCAGCUUUGCAAACAUUCAAGAAAAUUCACACUGAAACCUACAGAAUGGAGAAUUGACAUCAUAUCCCAUGGAUGAAUGGUGGAAGACACAGCUUGGUCCAAAAGAAGAUAAACCGUGAUUUAACAAGUCAAGUUCUUAAGAAAUGCAAGGACUUCAGAUUUAUUUUUAAAUAAGAAUUUUCAAUUUUUCUUUCCUGUUCCACCCCCUUUUUAAGGGUUUGGGUAUUUUUAAUUUACAGGCAUAGCAAUGUUGUCUAUUUUAAAGUGUAUUUGUUAUAAUAACAAAAGAUGCAAGAACAAUCUUGUUUUAUUUUGUAGGCAUAUUGUUACUAUUUGAGACUUCCAGUAUCUCCUUAGUUAACAUAGUAUCUCUAGUAGCAAAGUUUUUGAGAACUAACAUUUAAAAAUUAAUCAGUUAUAGCAAAGACUUUGAAAAAAAUUUACUUGCCGAAAAGUAGCAAGUCCAAAGAUUAAGUUUCUCACCAUUGCAGUAUUAUUGUCACAUAUAUUUAAUAUGUCAUAUAUUACAAAUAAUAUGUAAUUCAAUCUCUGGUUUCCUUAAAGUCAUUUUUGAAACCACUAGUUAUAAACCUCCCCCAAAAUUUUUAGAAAUGGAAAGGCACAUUACAUUUAUCUUUGUAAAAAGAUUUAUGGUAACUGGUUUCUUACUUGACUUUUAUAAAUAGUGUUUUACACCUUAUUUUUGCCUUUAUUUCAUAAGUAAUUUGAAAUCACUGGACUGCUUUAUUAUAUUCAGGGUAAGAUGGAUUCUUUUUAUACCAGGGAUUUGCAUUGUGGAUUAUAUUAUUUGGCAAUUUAUAAUUUAUUACCACUUUAAAUCAAAUGUAACAUUGUCACAAUGUAUUUAAAUUAUGAUUUUUUAAUAGGGAUUUUCUCUUGGGAUAUAUGGGGAGUUUGGGAGGGGAGAAAAAGGAGGAGUAAAAAAAAGCUUAAGAUUCAGAAAAUAGACAGGGACCGGAGGGGAUGCUCACUAUAAGAGUAUUGAAUGGUUUGUACUGGGGGGCGUGAGUCAGAAAGAGAAUCUGAUACAGAAAGUAGUUCAGUUAAGAUGAUGCUUAUUUUUUUUCUAAAUUAUUUAAAUCAGAUAAAAGUGACAUAUGAUUGAAAUGAAGUUAGAUAGUUCACACUCGAAAACAAAUUCCUUUUUGGAAUGUUUAUAUCAACCUUUCAAAAAAAGCUUCAUUUCAGAAUUGUUCACAUUUUUUUCCCUCAGGUUUUUAGCAUUAGGUGUUUCACUUGUUAAUUCCUUCUAGCUGUCUUGGUGGAAAUAGGCUUUCUUUUCUUUUUUCUUUCUUUCUUUCUUUCUUUCUUUCUUUCUUUCUUUCUUUCUUUCUUUAAUAUAAAGCCUACUUUAUAUAGAAAAACAGUUUGCUUAAUUGGUACAAGAAUCAGAAUCCCUUUAUACACUGUAAAAUGCUCUUAUAGAGAGACAAAAAAGUGUUUUUAUUAUUUUUUAAAAUGUUUACCAUAUAUGCAGAGUGAAAGAGAAGGCUCAUCCUUGGAUAUGCAACAUAUCCAAAAGCUGUUACAAUUUUUUUAGUCUGCUGUGAUCCAUUUAAAAUGUGCUGGGGUUUAUUCUGCUGUUACUGUUCAUGCUGCUGAUGCUAAUAGCACUGUCUUGAUUUGAAGCAUAUGGUUGAGGGCCAUUGAAAGCAAUCUUUCAUUAAUGCAGAUAAAAUCAGUUUACAUGUACAAAGUUACAAAAUGGCAUAUUUGAUUCUGUAAGAAGUGACUCUUUGAGCACCUUUUAAUAUCAUGUAUUUCUGAAAACCAUUGCUUUUGGAUAUGGUUGCUAAUAAGCACUUUACAAAAGAAAAGGCAGCCUUUAAUAUUUUUCUGGUUGAGUCAUUGCUCUUUAGAAGUAGCAUCAGCAAUAGAUUUCAAAAAUAUGCAUUAAGCACUACAGUAAAGUGUAUAAAUAUUUCAUUUGUAAAGUUGUAUUGAAAAGUUCUUUGCAUAGUUCUGAAUUCUUAGAUUCACAGCAUAUGUGUGUACACCAGAACAUCUUCAGUUUUUUGGCACUUUGAAAUAAACAAACUAGCUUAAGGAAAUUAAA